AUGGAUAAUGGCACAGAUUCUUCCACUAGCAAGUUUGUUCCAGAAUAUAGGCGUACAAACUUUAAAAAUAAAGGUAGAUUCUCUGCAGAUGAACUUCGUCGUCGUAGAGAUACACAACAAGUCGAAUUAAGAAAAGCGAAGAGGGAUGAAGCCUUAGCCAAGAGAAGAAACUUUGUUCCACCAACUGAUGGUGCUGAUUCCGAUGAAGAAGAUGAAAGCUCCAUUUCUGCAGACCAACAAUUUUACAGCCAGUUGCAACAAGAAUUACCACAAAUGACCCAACAACUUAACUCCGAUGAUAUGCAAGAGCAACUGAGCGCAACCGUCAAAUUCAGACAAAUUUUGUCCAGAGAACAUCGCCCUCCGAUCGAUAUCGUCAUUCAAGCUGGUGUGGUUCCAAGAUUGGUAGAAUUUAUGCGCGAAAACCAACCAGAAAUGCUACAACUGGAAGCCGCUUGGGCCUUGACUAAUAUCGCAUCAGGUACAUCUGCUCAAACAAAAGUAGUUGUUGAUGCUGAUGCUGUACCACUUUUCAUCCAACUAUUAUAUACCGGCUCCGUUGAAGUUAAAGAACAAGCCAUUUGGGCUUUGGGUAAUGUUGCUGGUGACUCUACUGAUUACAGAGACUACGUUCUACAAUGCAAUGCCAUGGAGCCAAUUCUAGGUCUUUUUAAUUCCAAUAAACCAUCUUUGAUCAGAACCGCAACCUGGACUUUAUCCAAUUUAUGUAGAGGUAAAAAACCUCAACCGGAUUGGUCCGUAGUGUCGCAAGCCUUACCAACCUUAGCAAAACUGAUCUAUUCGAUGGAUACUGAGACUCUAGUCGAUGCUUGUUGGGCCAUCUCCUAUUUGUCCGACGGUCCACAAGAAGCCAUUCAAGCUGUAAUCGAUGUUAGAAUUCCAAAAAGAUUGGUCGAAUUACUAAGCCAUGAAUCCACUUUAGUCCAGACUCCUGCUUUAAGAGCUGUAGGAAACAUAGUUACUGGUAAUGAUCUACAGACUCAAGUGGUUAUAAAUGCUGGUGUCCUAUCUGCUUUGAGACUUUUACUAAACUCACCAAAAGAAAAUAUCAAAAAAGAAGCGUGUUGGACCAUUUCUAAUAUUACAGCUGGUAAUACCGAACAAAUUCAGGCGGUCAUCGAUGCGAACUUAAUUCCUCCAUUAGUUAAAUUGUUGGAAGUUGCAGAAUAUAAAACUAAGAAAGAAGCUUGUUGGGCCAUUUCUAAUGCCUCUUCGGGCGGUUUACAAAGGCCGGACAUCAUCAGAUACUUAGUGUCACAGGGUUGUAUAAAACCACUAUGUGAUUUGCUGGAAAUCGCUGACAACAGGAUAAUCGAAGUUACCUUGGAUGCUCUUGAGAAUAUCCUAAAGAUGGGUGAAGCUGACAAAGAGGCCCGUGGUUUGAAUAUUAAUGAAAAUGCUGAUUUCAUCGAAAAGGCUGGUGGUAUGGAAAAGAUUUUUAACUGUCAACAAAACGAAAACGAUAAGAUUUAUGAAAAAGCAUAUAAGAUUAUUGAAACUUAUUUCGGUGAAGAAGAAGAUGCUGUUGAUGAAUCAAUGGCUCCACAAAAUGCCGGUAAUACUUUCGGUUUUGGCUCUAAUGUUAAUCAACAGUUUAAUUUUAACUAA